GGGAGGGUGGGAGGGAGGCGCGCUGGCGGCUCGGGGUGUCCCGGCUCCCUGGCCUGGGCUCGGUGUCGUCCUCGUCCCCUGUCGGGGUGUAACGGGCAGGGUCUUGCCUGACGAGGUCGGCGGAAGGGGCCGGCAGCCGGGCACAACGGCAAGUACCGGGCUGCCGGCUCCGGGGCUCAGAGCUGAGCAGCCCGAGGGACGCCCUUCUCUGCCGGUUGGCCGUUGUCAAGGGGCUCGGGAGGCAAGAGUUGCUGCAGGGGUCCCCUUCCUCCCUGUUUCCCCGCCGGACUCUCAAGGAAAGGCGGAGGCAACAAGGGUGUCCUGAGGGGGGUGGGGGAGUCUCUCCUUGUGGUCUGCGGGUGUUCUGGGGGCAGCCGGCAAAUGAGCCGAGGGGGAGCUGACACGAGAAGCUGUUUCUAGGGGCCCCUAGUGGCGCCAGGACUGCGUGAAUGGAUUGAGGGUUUCUAGGGGCCCCAGGAGUUUCUCGGGGGCUGAGGGUGUUCUUCGUCCCUGUUGGCAGCCUGCUCGAGAUGUCCCUUUAAGAGCAGGUGGGUAGGCCGAAGAGGCUUCGAGGUGCGCCUUGAAGAGGAAGUCUUGGGGAAUCCCGGCAAAGUUGUGCGGGGCGGGAGAGGUGCUGCUUCUUUCGUCGCCUGUCUCCCGGGGUUGGUGGGAGGCUGCGAUGAAUGGUUUCAGCACCGAGGAAGACAGUCGGGAUGGGCCUCCCACCACCCCUUUUUAUGGACAGAGCUGCUGCCUCAUUGACGACGGGGACCGCUGUGUCCGCCCGGCUGGCAAUGCCUCCUUCAGCAAGAGGAUCCAGAAGAGCAUCUCACAGAAGAAACUGAAAUUGGACAUUGACAAAAGCGUAAGACAUCUAUAUAUAUGUGAUUUCCACAAGAACUUCAUUCAGAGUGUUCGAAACAAAAGGAAGAGGAAGACCAGUGAUGAUGGCGGAGACUCCCCAGAGCAUGAGAUAGAUGUCCCAGAGGUUGACUUAUUUCAACUCCAGGUAAACACACUACGCCGUUAUAAAAGGCAUUACAAGUUGCAAACAAGACCUGGCCUCAAUAAAGCUCAGCUAGCAGAAACUGUCAGCCGCCACUUCAGGAACAUCCCAGUGAAUGAGAAGGAGACCCUUGCUUAUUUCAUCUAUAUGGUGAAGAGUAAUAAGAGCAGGUUGGAUCAGAAAUCAGAAACUGGCAAACUAGAAUGAAGGUUAGGCAGACUUUGGACAUUGAGUGUGAUAUUUUUUAAAAAUCAGGUGCGUUAUGAAGAACUUUCAAACACUUCUGUAAAGUGUAAACUAGAGAAUAUAGAAUAUAUCACUCCAGGAUGUGUUUGACUUCUGCUAUUUCAUAUAACUUAAAGUAUCACUGGAAAACUCUACAAAGUCAGUCAUUGGCUGCCCAGAGGACUGAAUUACAUCUUUGAGUAUAAGACAUGCCCCACAUGAGACAUGAUUAUCAUUUUUGGACUAGACUGUAUAAUCUAUGUGUAGUACAUACUGGCACAGGUUAGGCACAACACUGGGAUUCUUGCACAAAAUCUGGUCUGCAGCUUCUGUUUCUGAGUCACAUCAUGUUACCGCUGUCUGCACCUAUGAAAACAAGGGACAUUCACAAGUUUUUUUGUGUAUAUGGGUUGUAGUUUAGGAAUGUUAAGAUAGCCCGCCUUUCUUAUUUGCUGAAAUGUUAGAAACGUUUACUGAAUUCACAAAAGUUAUUAAAUAUUUUAGGUUUUCCCAUGUUUUAUUAAAGUUUACCAUUUAGCAGGUAGAAAGCAACAUUUAGAUACAGUACAUACUAUUCUUUUAGAGUUCAGUAUGUACAUUACCCUGAUGCUAAACAUUACUUUUCUUCAGUUGCCGUGGGCCCUCAGUCAGUACAUGAAACACCAGAUUAAAGCUGUGAUGGUUAUUGUUAUUGUUCACAAGCUAUUUGAGUUGCAAUUUAUCUAGUUCUUAUAAGACAUAUGCAAUGUGCAGGCCUAAGCCUUCUGCAUUAAUGGCCCAUCUGAUACUUGAGUCUAACUGAAACCACCUGGGAAUAAUAGUGUUUAUUCCAGUAGACAGAUAUGGCUUGGUUUUGACAGUUGCCUCUGCCCUGAUAUUUGGCGGUGAGAACUGGUGACAAAUCAUUUGUCUCUCCUAGCUGCACUUUCCUGAAAUGUGCAGUAAUAACCUAACAAUCAUUAUUUUUGUGAUGCAAAUUCCAUACAGUUCCCCACCCUGUUAGGAUUCAAAGUUUUGUUUGUGCUGUAGUGCACGUACAAUUUUGCCAUUUAGCUCAAUACAGGAAAAAGUGUUACUUUCUAAAACAGAGCUACAAAACAGACACAGCCCCGCAGCCAUGUAUUUUGGCCAGGUGUUUGACAAUAUCUUUAUUUCUCUAAUCAGAAAUACACAACAAAAGCUACUUGUAGAGGGCUACUGUACAUGGCUGCUGAAUUGUCAUGUGGCAGGUCAUAGCCUAUAGAGACCUACCUAUUUUCCCAAAGAACAGGCUGUAACCUCCUUCUGGUCUCUUUGCAUCUUAUUCAUAAACUUGGAAAUUGUUAACAUCACCUGUCCUUUACUGCUGUAGUCCUUAGAUUUGCUUCAGAAAACAUCGGUCCUGAUCUCCUGUUCUGGAAAUAAGCUCCACUGAAAACAAUAUGUUGUAUAAUAAGAGAAUCUGCUCCAAAAAUAGUUUGUUUGUUUUUAAAUUUUACUAUGAAGUAAUUUUUAACAUUUUACUGUGAGAGAUGGGCUGACAUUCAAGCAUUUGGGUAAUACUCUGAUAGAGGGUUUUAAUUUUCAAAAAUGUAAUUUUGCUUUGGUUAGUCAUUACCUUUUGAAAGAUGCUGCGUUUUGCAAGUAUAUAGAAAUGUAGAACUAAAUGCUUAAUUUUUUAGUUCUGGCAAAGUGUGUGAAAAACCAGAUGCAAAGUUAAAACAUUAUACAAAGUUAAUUUACAGCUGUUUGUGUCGGUUUCUAUUGAAAAUAGAUGUUCAAGAAACAAGAGUAUCUGUGGCCAGUACACCUUAUCACUGAAAUAUCCCAAUUCAUUGGAUGCCAUUUUAUGAGUGUGUUUUUUUCUCAGACAGCCUUAUUGCAUAUGUAUGUUGAACACAUUUUUAACAUUCUUUUACAUAUUUAAGUAGAGAUAGUGCUUAAGUAAUUCAAAUUGAUGCUUGGUGUUUUAAAGUUGAUCUCACAAUGUUGCUUCUCCCUUCAUGGAAAGAGCCAAGCCAACUGCCAUGUUCCAUAGUUCACAUCUUGAGGUUAUUUCUCAAGGUCUUUUAAACUUUUGUGAAUUCAGGAUAUCUGUGUAUGCAUUCUGACCAUGGCAAAAGUCUCUUCUGAAAGACAAGAAAUGUGCAUCCUUUCUAGACCAAAAAUAAAAUCCAUUGUGUUAGGGCUUAUUUUAAAGCAAGCAAGUGCGGCACUGUGUCAGCCAACUUCAGAAUUAUUUACAGGGAAAUGUGAUAGCAGGUGCUUACCUGCUCAGGAGCUGUUUUGCUUGAUUUGAUCUCAAAAUUCCUGUUUUUCAAAGAAAUCAAAUGAAGUAAAACUUGCAUGUUUCAUGAUACAAGUUUCAAAUGAUUGUCAGACUGAGGGAUCGCGUCAUAGAAUCUGAGGAAUUGCUGAUGUCAUAAAUCUUGAAUCCUGUUGUCUUUGAGACAUCUGUACAUGCCUUACUCUCAGCUUCACCAACGAGCAUUAAACCAAUGUCAUGGUGGAUAGAAUGGGCCACUUUCAUGGCUUCUUGUGCUAGAAAUUCUAAUCCUGAUAACAGCAAUAUCUAUCUUCAGGGAGAAGCCUGUGGUUCUUGAACAUCUAGUGUUGUAUCUUCGAAAACACCACAAUGCAAUUGUUUAAUAUAAUGGCAGAUUAUGCUGCAUGCCAUUUAAGGAAAACUUUCCAAUUCCUUGUGGUUUUAAUAAAACCUUCAUCAGCAUUUUUGAGCUUCAAAGGAUAUGAAUCCUUAAGCAAUGGCUAAAAUAGAAUAUGUGAGAACAGAGUCACAUUGACAUGUUCAUUCAUACAAAAUGGUGGGUUGUAUUUAAUGUUAUAUCAGAUAUGGAUCUCACAUGGAGCUGUUCAGCAAUGAACUAUAGCUAGUAGGCAUUCUACAUUUAAAGACCAUUAGUGGAAGGUCAUAUUGUUGGCCAGUUCUCUUACUGAAUUAAACAUGCUCCAAAGUAAAAAGGACUGUUCAGAGCCUUCAAACCAAUGUAAGAACCCACAUAAAACUAGAAGGGCCAUCAUUAUUCCUAAUGGGCUUUGCAUCAGAGCUGAAGACCUUAAUGUGGCACAUCUUCUGUAAUGAGGUUAACUUCAUCAAAGAUGGUGAUCCUCAGUGCGUUAUUUGUUAUUGUUAUUGCUGUAAUUCUAUUAGUGGAAGAUUUUUUGUUCAUCCCUUGAGCUGAAUGAAGGAGAGAGCAAAGGGAAGGGAAUGUGCAAUGGCAGUUGUAGUAUUCAAGUUACAUAAGUGCAGAAUGUGAUUCAUAGUAGUCAGAUACUUAUUGGAGAGCAUUUCAUGUGGUUGAUUCAGUUUCCAAGACUGUUUCUGCAGUGUGUAAAUAUUACAAAACAGACUCUUGCAUUAAAGUUCAGAUUUUAUCUUGCAAGGAACUUCAUGAAUUAUGAUUCAUAAAAAAUAGCCUUGCCAUUGAUCUUAUGAAAUUCCUAAGUUAUGGGUUCAAAAGGCCGUAUCAAACAAACAUUAUGUUCUGUCACCUGAUAGAUUUGUCAGUAAGAAAACUUCUUGCGUAGGCCAGCAAAAAAAAAAAAAAAUUAAGCCAAAGUAGCCCAUGGCUAGACUAUUUUUAGACUUCAAAAGUAGAGUAAAAAUAGCCAUGCGCAAGACAUAUCCCAGAAAUGUUGAUGAUUUGUCUGAGAAAAAUCUUUCUAAAGGUAUUCUAAAUUUUAGCUAAAUGCAAUAUUGGGGUAGGGUGGAGGGUGGUAGGGAAACUGGGAGCCUUGCACUUUAUCUUGUGUUACUAGAUCCUAAUGUAAAUAUAAGUAAGAUGGAAACUCUCAACAUGUAAUUGGAAGUGAUCCGAAGAAAUAUGUUAUGUUUGUCUAAAAUGGCAAACUAUUGCAUGCAGUACACUAUUGAUUCUUCAUCUUGUGUAUUGAGAUGAGAGACUGAUGAAUCUUCACGUCUUAAAAUGAACAUUUCAAUGCUCACAGAAUUGAUUAAAGGGCCUAUUUUGACAAAGUUGCUCAUUGUUUCUCCUUCACGUGUUAUCUCACAUGGUCUGCUAUGAUGCUAGAUGUCUUGGAUUUUUUUUCCUGUAGAUGUAAAAAAGAUGCAAGACAAUUCUUACUCUUCUGUAGCAUUAUCCAUAUUCAUCAAUUCAUUAAUUAUGUUUUAAAUUUUUAGUGUGGAGGGGAAGGGGCUAAUGCCUUAACUCAGAAUUUCAAUGAAAUAACAUUAUGAAAUGUUUAGCAAUAGCUUUUUCUGCAGAUUGUUUUUUAAUACCUUUCAAAGACUUAUGCUUGUGAGGUUUGCCUUUUUUAUCCCUUUUGACUUGUCUUUCUGCACAGCUAGAAAGACGCUUAAGCAUAUUGGCAGAAGUUCUUUUUUUUUUUUAAACCCCUUUGAAUUAUAAUGGACUUACUGGAACAAAACAAUUUCCCUUCCCCUUCAUUCAUUCUGGUGGGCCUUCAUGUGUUGUACUGAAACUUAUGCCAAAUGUUUUGGGUAAACUUGUAUUUUUAAUUGUGAAAUAUAACUGUGUACUCUUAAAGCAAUCUAGCAACUUAUAGUGAAACUGUAGAAUUCUUUUCUCCAAGCUGUAUAGUGCACCCUACUUCCACUGUGUAUGAGAUUUAAACUCUGUGCUGUUUGAUAAAGUUAUAAAUGCUUGAGACGCAUUUUUAAUAAAUGAUCAGUUGAGCAACAA